AUGGCACUACUACAAUCUUCUUUGAUAUGGGUAGUAUACGCGAUCGUGUUUUUCCUCCUCGUCGCUGUAUCAUCCAUUUUCAUCUACAUCUACCAAACCCCGAGUGAAAGGUCUACAUACGUCACCACGGUUUGCAUAUUCACCCUCACAGCGCUACUAGCAACAGUUCUCUUACUGCCAGUCGAUGUGGCUUUGGUAUCUUCUACCACGUCGUCCAGGGAAGGACGACGAAAAUCCUGGGCGACUCAGGAUGAGGUCGACAAGAUUACCUUCUCCUUAGCUGUGGCCUAUUAUUUUCUUUACUCCCUCGAUGCGGUGCUUUGUCUGCUGGUGGUACCUUUCACCUACUUCUGGUACGAAGAAUAUGAUGAAGUAGCAAGCGAGGACGGUUCUCAGACUUUCAGGAAAAGAUUUUGGGGUGCCUUCAAAUACACUGUGGCUUUUAUUCUGUUGACGGUUAUCCUAUUUCUGGUUGGAUUCUUCGUCCCCAUUGGCCGAAGGAAGGACAAACCCAAUCUUGAUCUGGACUAUUUCAGAAGGCUGCUCACAGAAAAUCAUGGAGAACGAGCUUUAACCUUUGCUCUCGGCUUGCUCAUUACAAUUGGUAUUUUGGUGUAUGUCUUGUAUACAUCUACCGGCCUAGCCUUACUACCUGUCACUAUUAUCAAGUCGGCCCCAGCCAUUUCCAGCCCUACUCUCAGUGCGAACACAGCUUCACGGCUUGAAGAGAACAUAGAACGCCAACGCCAACUAGAAGGUCGCUGCGGUGGAAAUCCGGAUCGCCUACCCUCGAAACAACGAAGGGAACUUGAUUCUUUGGUGCGCCAAGCGCGGACCUUACGACGACGGCAGCGUCUGGCAGAAGAAGCUCGCCGGCCCAGCGGGAGCUGGCUCCUGAAUGCGUGGUUUAAGUUGUCAGCUGUCUUCCGUCCACUUAAACUUCUCAGUGGUUUGCUUUUACUUGCUAUUGCUAUGUUGGUUUGGGUCUCCAUGCUCCUAACUAGUAUUGACAAGGCGAUGAAUUCUAUCUGCAAACAGAAUUGCGGUUAUAUCCUAGGAAAAACCAACAUCCUCAACCCGAUUAACUGGGUAUUCGUCCAUUCUUCCAAGGUCUUCCCGGUUGAUUACAUCCUCUUCGUAUUCCUAGUACUCGUUUUCUUCUGCAGUUCCGUCGUUGGAAUUGCAACGACAGGAAUACGCUUUUUAUGGGUCAGAAUAUUCCAGCUCCGCAAGGGCCACACGUCGCCGCAGGCGCUCCUUAUCACAACGGUUAUGCUGACUCUGAUCACGCUCGCACUCAAUUACUCGAUCUCUAUGGUAGUCGCUCCACAAUAUGCAACGUACGGCCCACAGACUUUCUGUGACCACCCACCUAAGCACCCCGGGGAACAGCCAGACUGUACCGGCCUGGAACCGCUUAUCAAGCCUUGCUCUGAACUAUCAGAAAACCCGACCGCCAAGGAAAUUUGCACACCCACGGUCGUCAGCACAUUUUUAAACCGUAUCACUUUAAAUUUCCCAUUUUUCGGUAUAGUCGACUUCUGGGCGCAGUUCUUCUUUCUUGGGCUCUCUCUCCUUGUUUUCCUCGUCACAAUAUUCCGAACACCGAAGUUAGACGAACAACAAUUCGACGAAGACGCGGAAGCAGCAGAGGAAGAAGGACUGUUGGCAAGUACUGGGAGGAGAUUUGGGGCCACGUGGGAAGAUAUAACGGGACGAGCGAGCAGAUCGCCUCAAGUAUCUGGCUCCGCUGGUCGGGGAACUCGUGAAUGA